CCGAGCCCAGUAGAAGGGACCUUCCCGUAAACAACUCGCCAAGCACGGCGUCCGCGAACAAGUGCAGGCGCCCUAACACCAAUUGUGAACAGCUGCCGGUAAUAAGGCGUAUCUCUGCUGGCGGAACUCCAAACCUACUUCAUAGAAGUUCUGAAGCUCACCACGGCGAAAGUGUCUAAACGCCGCAACAACCACCGUACACCGCUGACAGGACAACUCCGUUGUAGUAGCUCUAGCGUAGUUCCAAGUCGUUGCAGGAAUGCAUUCCGUUGGCUUAGCUGGACCUUAUUCUGUGUAGGCGUCAUCGCCACCAGCCACAGCUCCAAGCUGGGCUUGGUUCUUAGCGGGGCCCUUUCCCUUCCUCGUGGUAACUAGUAUAAACAGGUUAAAGAUAUAUUAACCCUUGUUAGCCAUGGGGCUUGGUAUCGGACUCUUCGUUAAGGACAAGGAUGCUGCUCUCAUAUAUGAGGAGGAGCGGCUUAAGGCCAUGGGCUACAAGCAGGUGCUGCACCGUGGCUGGAGAUGGUUCACCAACGUCGCUGUUACGGUAUCCUCUAUGGGUGUGCUGCUGUCUAUCACAGGCAGCUUCGGCACAGGCCUCACGUACGGCGGGCCGGUGGUGUGCUUGUGGGGCUGGUGGCUGGUGUCGCUGCUGAGCCUGUGUGUGGCGCUGGGCAUGGCAGAGCUGGCCUCCGCCUACCCAACCAGCGGAGGCAUGUACUACUGGAUCUUCCAGCUCACGGGGCCCUCCGUGGGGCCGCUCAUCUGCUGGGUAACAGGCUGGCUGAACCUGCUGGGCCAGAUCGCCUCCCUCGCCUCCACGCACUACUUCAUGGCCUACAUCAUCUCCACCAUCGUGCUACUCGCAACCGGCACCGCCACACCCCAGCAGCAGGUGGAGGGUGCGGAGGGCAGCGCGCUGCUGCCUGCGGACUACAGCGGUGGUGGCGAGGGGGCGGAGGGGUCCGGCUGGUUCCCCAACAACAAGCAGUUCAUGGGGAUCUACACGGCGUGCCUGGUGCUGACGGCCUCCGUCAACUCGCUUCCCUUCGAGCACGUGGGCGCCAUCACUGAGCUGGGCGCCUGGUGGACCAUCAUCGGGGUGGUGCUGGUGAUCGUGGUGGUGCCCUGCGUGACGCCGCAGCACGCCACCUCGGAGUGGGUGUUCAGGAAGUUCGAGACGCAGCUGGCGGAGGGAGCGGGCAUCAAGAACCCCUUCUACACCUUCAUCCUGGGCCUGCUGCUGCCCGCCUACGCCUUCACCGGCUACGACGGCCCGGCGCACAUGAGCGAGGAGACCACCAACGCCUCGAUGGCGGCGCCCUGGGGCAUCAUGCUGGGGGUGGUGUUCAUGAUUGUCACGGGCUGGAGCUGGGUGGUGUCGCUGCUGUUCUGCGUGACGGACUACCUGCAGGUCCUGGGAGCUGGCGAUGUGCCGUCGGAGGCCAACGGCAACCCCGUGGCUCAGAUCUUUUGGAACGCCUUCAAGCAGCGCACCGGCAGCGGCACCGGCGGCAUCAUCCUGCUGAUGGUGCCGCUGGGGGGCAUCUACUUCUGCGCGCAUUCCACACUCACAUACGUGUCAAGGAUCUUGUUCGCCUACUCCCGCGACCGCGCCGUGCCGCUGGCCUCGGUGUGGAUCCGCUACAACUCCCGGCUGAAGGCCCCGCUGGCGGCCGUGUGGGGCACCGCGCUGGCGGCAUUCCUGCUGGGGCUGCCCAUGCUGGGGAGCGAGGAGGCCUUCACCGCCAUCAUCUCCCUCUCCACCAUUGCGCUCAACAUCGCCUACGUGGCCCCCACCACUGCACGCAUCCUGCCCUGGGGCGCCCGCCGCUUCAAACCCGGCCCCUUCAACCUGGGCUGGGCGGCCUACCCUAUCGGCAUCAUCGCCACGCUGUGGGUGGGCUUCAUUGUGGUGGUGUUUUCGCUGCCAACGGAAUACCCAACCAACAGCACCAACCUCAACUAUGCAGGCGUGACGCUGCUGGCCACCUGCGCGCUCAGCCUCAUCUGGUACUACUUUCCCUACUACGGAGCCUACAAGUGGUUCAAGGGGCCGGUGAGCACGCUGGAGGAGGGAUCGGAGGCGGAUGAGAUGGAGGCGGCCAAGAGCAAGGCAGUGGAGGCAAGAGGAGGCGGACAAGGCGGUGUGAUGCCGGUGCAGGAGGUGGUGGCGGCGACUGCGGGGGGGAAGUAAAGGAUAGGGAGCGGCAUGGGUUACCGGGAAGUGAAGAAGAAACGACUAAUGAGCCGGGAGGGGUGGUCAGGAUUGUUACUUGGCGGCACUGGGGCGGAGGUGGCUGAGAGAUAUGCGUGAUGACUAUAUGGAAGAUGAGAGAGGAGGGGGAUUAUCAUGAGAUUUGGGGGGUGGUUGGCAAGCCUAUGUCCUUGUCACGCAUGGCUGCAAUGGAAACUUGGCAAAGGGGGCGGAGGAGGUCAUUCAAGGAGAAGAUGCAAAAAUGCUGUGGCUCGUAUGCUUUGAUAUGCCCUGACAGGUGGCAUUACACCUGCGCAUGUGCGCUAUGUGUUGACGUUAACCUUGCCACAACACUGUGUGCUGUAGUUGGAACGUGCACAUGCAUGCACUGUUCCUACUCGCUGCCAGGUUGCUUGAUGCACUGUACGGCCCUCCAGCGCUAGGGGUGGUGCCGGCAACCUGAGGGUCGGUUGUGUGUCUGACGCCCUCUUGUGAAUCAGAGGCCUGGGUACUUGGCGGGAGAGGGGUAAGGAGGGGGCGGGAGAGGCGCAAUGAGGGCGGAGACGGGCGGUAAAUAAGAGGGGUCGCGAGGAUUGGGAAGGAGCGGGGCGGCGUUGUCGUGUGGCUACACGGUGUGCACUCCCACGUCGAGGAGACAAACUAAACACUCGGUUACCGUAGUUCCAUUGGAAACCGGGUCCCUGUGCGAGUGGUUUGUGCGCUUGAGCGUACUCGCUACUCGGGGGCUGCUUCUUUCGACCGGGCAAUGCUAGCGCACAGGCUCACUGGGAUGGGAGGUGUGUGUGCACAUCCCCGUAUGUUAAGAAAACUGGCCGCGAGAAAACUGGCCGUGUGUGUACAUGUUGUGCUGAUUGCGUAGGUGGCAGUUAUGGAACAUGGUAUUUAAAAGUGGAAUGCUUUGUUUUGUUAUAUUUUGCGGCAGAGCAGUCGCUUGCUUCCAGCCUAACGCUUACGGUGAAGCGGUGCUCAUGAUGUUGUGGCGAUGAAUCGGAUGAUGCUGGGGGCACGCGGGUGUAGCGUCGCGGGUCAGGAAGGGAAAAUUCAUGUGCGUGCGCCGGCUGGGACCUUCAAGCCUGCCGGUCUUCACCCUGUCUCUGGUGCUCUCACCCAGCUGCGGUGCGCCUGGAAUGAAGGCGUGACUUUUGAACCUUUUGUACUUGCUGACGUGUGCUGCUGCUUGCUUACCGGGUCCAGUUACCCUGACCGUGUCUGUGUUUUGUUUGUGAUGGGGUAACAGUCGAUGCAGAUGGCAAGGCUGGCUGCUUAUUGCAACUGACAGAGGUGCGUCUUUGGUGGCUGGGUGGUUAGGCGUGGCUGGGUAGGUGGUGCGUGAAUGCAGGUCUUUUGCCUGCCUUGCCUUGCCGUGUGCGAAGGGGAGGAGAGGCCAUAGGCAUCUCACCGCUCCGAAGUUUCCCAUUAGCGUCCGCUUGCUAUGGUAUUCAAGGCCCAGGGUUUGGGCUGCACUUGACGUUUUAGGCCAGUAGGUCAGUGGGCUUUUUGUAUCGCUUGUAUCUGGGCGGGCAGUCCGGUUUAGGGAAAGCAGGCGAAGGCUCCUUGGUUGAUGGAAGGGCAUAUGGUUUGCGAACGUAGCUGGUUACAUGUAGUCGAGGAAACAGGUGAGGUAUGGUCGUGACGCUUGGAGGGAGCCCGUUAACAUGCUUGUGAUAAAAAAUAGGGAG